AUGCCGCCCCAGGAGCUCCUGGAUUACCCGCCCGCCCUACGGAGACACAGCCCGCCCCGGGGCAGCGGCCCGGAGCUGGGAAUCAAGUGCGUGCUGGUGGGCGAUGGCGCCGUGGGCAAGACCAGCCUGGUGGUCAGCUACACCACCAACGGGUACCCCGACGAGUACCAGCCCACCGCCCUCGACACCUUCUCCGUGCAGGUCCUUGUGGAUGGAGCCCCAGUCCGGAUUCAGCUGUGGGACACUGCUGGACAGGAGGACUUUGACUGUUUGCGCUCUCUUUGUUACCCUGACACCGACGUCUUCCUUGUCUGCUUCAGUGUGGUAAAUCCAAGCUCCUUCCAAAACAUUACAGAGAAAUGGAUCCCUGAGAUACGAACUCACAACCCCCGGGCGCCAGUGCUGCUAGUGGGGACACAGGCAGACUUGCGGGACGAUGUCAAUGUUCUCAUCAGCCUGGAUCGCUAUCACGUGAAGCCUGUGCCCCGGCCUCAGGCAGAAGGUCUAGCUGACAAAAUCCGGGCUGAAGCCUACCUGGAAUGCUCAGCACUGACCCAGAAGAACCUUAAAGAAGUUUUUGACAUGGCCAUUGUCAGCGGUGUUGAGCACAAGGCACGUCAGGAAAAGAAGAUGACUGCCAAAGGCAUCAAGACUCUCUCUAAGUGCCGCUGGAAGAAGUUCUUUUGCUUUGUCUGA